AUGCUUCCUCUCAGCUCUGCACCGAGCAUCGAAGCAUUGAGCGGGAUUUGCGGAUCCAUAUCAAUAGCUUGCUGGGUUGUUGUAUUUUCGCCCCAGAUAAUCGAAAACUUCCGACGGAGCUCCGCCGAUGGACUUUCUCUGGAAUUUCUUAUCGUUUGGCUUGCCGGAGAUGUCUUCAACAUUAUUGGGGCCGUUAUGCAAGGUGUUCUACCUACUAUGAUCAUACUGGCAGUAUACUACACUAUUGCGGACAUUGUCUUGCUUGGCCAAUGUUUCUAUUACCGUGAUCUGGGCGGAUCAGAAAGCACCAAAUCCCCAGAGCCAGAAGCUGGAACAGCCAGUUCGUCAUCCGAAACUGCAACACAAACGGUACCAUCGUCCGAGCGAACUCCAUUACUACAGAAUAGACCAGAGGGGGAACAUAACGGGUCAAAUGGCAGACCGGCCACGAAGCAGCGACGGGAAUCCCUUACUUCAGUCGCCUCUUUGCGAAACCAUCUUACAGCCGUCGACGGGACCCAUCUCUCCCCAGCAGUGCCACUAAGGAAAGAAGUCGUCGAUAUUCCCCCGCGACCGUCAUCAACGUUUCAGAUAAUAGCCUUCAACACCUUCAGUAUCACUCUCGUAUGCGCUGCUGGAAUUCUAGGGUGGUAUGUUAGCGCCACCUCAAGACACCACAUUGGGCAUGAUAUUCCAAAAUCAGAUGGCACUCUCCAAUUCGAUAUCACUGGUCAGUUAUUUGGAUAUCUUUGUGCUUUGUUCUAUCUUGCCAGCAGAAUCCCUCAACUCCUGCUGAAUUGGCGCCGAAAGAGCACCGAAGGAUUUGCCAAGGUAAAGAUGGCAGGUGUCUACCAGGAGAACGACAAAGUAUAUAUGGACGGUAUAUGGCUGUUAAUGCUUCAUGGUUAUUGGGAAGCUUGGGUACUUUGUUUAUGGACCUAG